GCGACUGCCGCCAAGGCCUCCGGCUCCUGCCGGUCGCGCCCUCUCACGCCCCCUCGUGGUUGCUGGCGUGUGGGCCACAGCCUAUGGCUUUGCAGCUCCGCCGAGAGUCGCUCUAGCUCUGGCGUCAGCCUCCAACUGCGCGGGCGCCCAACGCGCUGACUCGCCAAGCGCCAGGCUAGAGGCGACGCCUCGAGGUGAAAUCGAGGAGGUGCAGGAGGGGAACUCUACGUGGGCCCCGCUGUCCGGGAGAAGCCUGAGGCUUUGAGCCGCGCGGGGGCAGAGAUGGCGGAGGAGUGGGAAGGCGAUUUUGCGAAGUCAUGUGCACGCCUUGAAGCAGCAGCGACUGCAGACACCUCGGGGUCUCCAGCGGGGACCACCACGGUCGCCGCAGAGUCAUCGGAGCGCGAGGGCUACAGUAGAAAGUGCGUGUUCUGCCGGAUCGCGGGGCAGCAGGAACCCGGCACGGAACUCCUGUACUGUGAGAAUGAAGACCUAGUUUGCUUCAAAGAUAUCAAACCAGCGGCACCUCAUCAUUAUCUUGUGGCACCAAAGAAGCAUAUUGUAAAUUGCAACUAUUUAAAGAAAGAUCAAAUAGGGCUGGUUGAGAACAUGGUAACUGUUGGAAAAACCAUUCUUGAAAGGAAUAAUUUCACUGACUUCAACAAUAUUAGAAUGGGUUUCCAUAUCCCACCGUUUUGUUCCAUUUCCCACUUGCACCUUCAUGUUUUGGCACCAGUCGAUCAUCUUAGCUUCUUAUCAAGAUUGGUUUAUAAAGAGAAUUCCUAUUGGUUUAUCACAGCUGAUUAUUUGAUUGAAAAAUUAAGAACAUGAAAAUGUCAGCAGUGGAAGAUUUUUGCAAUCUUGGCUCAACAUAAACUAAUAUCUUCGUCUCUAUGAAGUCUAAUUACAAUUGUAAGGUUCAUUGGGUUUUAUGGGAAGCUAUUACUGAGUAGACUUAAAUGCAUUGUAAUGGAAUUUUAUCUGUAAGACUGUAAAUGGGAAAGAAACAUAAAGUGGUUAUGUUAAUGUAUUAAAACUGGCAGAAACUGUUGCUUUAUGGCUUGUUUAUUGUUCCAGAGGAAAAUUAGAAUUAAAAAGUGGUUAGACCUAUCUUUUAUCAUGAAAAAGUACUGAUUUGAAAGUGGAGAUAGAUAGGGUUGGAUGAAAAAGUUUAUUUUAAUAACAAUGUUAAUAUUGAUAAAUCAUUUCAUGAGACAUAUUUCUUUAGGAAUUGUCUUUUGGUGCUAAUCCACACUAACAAUAAUGAAUGUUAAUGAAGAGUAAGUACUGAAAGUUAAUCUUACAUUGUGCCAGUAUAUAAAAGUACCAUGUACGUGAAUAUAAAUGAACGUAAGGAUUAAAGUAUUGACUUUAGAAAUAGGCUGAGAAGACUAGGUUUUUUUUUUUUUUCCUUCCUUUUUGGGGGGCAUGAUAUUAAAAAAUAGUUAUAAGUAAUUAAAUACUAUAAUGUUGAGCUACAACCACUGGAAACAAUAGUUUAGUUCAUUUGUUCAUUUAUUUAUUCAACAAACAUUUGCUAAGCAUUUAGUAUGUACCAGACACUGCCAGGAUCAGAAAACAGAGAAGUGAGGAAGGACAGUCUGCCUUUAAUUACAAAACCAGUGAGUACAAUUUAGUAUGUUGGGUGCAAAAAUGUUCAUAGAUGAGGCCGUGGAGAGGAAAACCCUUUUGAGAGAAGUGGCAGUAGAACUGAGUAUUUGAGACUCAUUGGUAGUAGAGAGUGGAAGUUUAGGCUGAGACCAACAUGCAUUUUUCUGGAGUUCUGCUUCCAUUAUUAUUCACUUUACAGUUGAAUGUCCAAAUUCUAUUUUAUUCACUGGAGGUGGACAGAGGGAUCUGGAAGUAGGGGUUAUGGGCUCUCAAAAUUAGAUUUACAAGUGUUUCAGCACUGCUUUAUUAAGUAGCUCACUGAGCACCUUCACAGAUUAGCAGUUUCACAUUUCCAUAAAUCACUUCAACUGUGACCAGCUUCAGAAAAAGAAUGUUCAAUAUGUGCAACAUGUUGUACUAUGUGAACUUAGAGUGAUGUAAUUGACAAUAUUAUGAUAAUAACUGUAAGGUAUCUAAAGAAUUUUUUUUUUUUUUUUGUCUUUUGCCUUUUUCUAGGGCUGCUUCUGCGGCAUAUGGAGAUUCCCAGGCUAGGGGUCUCAUCGGAGCUGUUGCCACCGGCCUACGCCACAGCCACAGCAAUGCGGGAUCUGAGCCAUGUCUGCGACCUACACCACAGCUCAUGGCAAAGCCGGAUCCUUAACCCACUGAGCAAGGCCAGGGAUCGAACCCUCAACCUCAUGGUUCCUAGUCAGAUUCGUUAACCACUGAGCCACGACUGGAACUCCUAAAGAAUUUUUAAAUGCCUUAUGGACCUCUUAAAAAAUGUUGUUAGCCCUUUGAGGAGUUCCUGCUGUGGCACAGUGGUUUAAGGAUCCGGCAUUGCCACAGCUGUGGCGUAGGUUGAAGCUAUGGCUCCUAUUCAAUUCCUGGCCUGGGAACUUCCGUAUGUCACCGGUGCAGCAAAAAAAAAAAAAAAAAAAAAAAAAGAGAGAGAGAGAGAGAAAGAAAAAUUUUAUUAGCCAUUUGAUUUAAUUUAUAUGGAAUUAUACCCUCAUAGUAAGUUUUUUUCCUCCUUUGUUGGAAAACCCUUGGAACCUUACAUUUUUAGUGGCACUUUUCUUGUAAAGAUUAAUAAUCGAAUUAUGACAAUUAAAAUUCACUCAUUCUUUUCAGUAGUUUAAUUACUUGGUAACUUUCUGGCUAUAUAUAACUUUAGCUCAAUACAAAGAUAACUCAUAACCUGUCUUAAAAAUGUUUAAAGUACUAUCAAGAGCAUUAUUUAUGCAUGUUGUGAUACUGUUUUUUGUAACUACAGAAUUGUAAAAUUAUAAAUAAUAAACUAUUUCAAACUGUUCACUUAAUUUCUGCUAAAUAAAUAUGGGAAAAUACUGUGUAAAA